GGAGUGUCCAGAUACUCCGCAAGAACAUUCAUCGGCAUUUCAAUAACAAAGCACCAGUUAUUUUUUCGAGUUGUUUUCUGUAUCAAUCGAGAUUCCUACACAGUGUUAUAAUGGCAGAGAACAAGAAACCUCUGGGUCUCCUUUUCGAUAUCGGGGGAGUGUGUGUUGUCUCACCCUUCCAGGCCAUAUUGGACUACGAAAUAUCUCAGAAUAUCCCACCCGGAUGGGUGAAUUUCAGCAUCUCUCGGACAUCGCCCAACGGCAGCUGGCACAGGCUUGAGCGAGGCGAGAUCAAAUUGGAUGCCGAUUUCUUCUCAGGAUUUAACAAGGACCUACGGAGUCCGGCUCUAUGGAAGCAAUUCCACGAGAGAGCCCAGCAAAAACAAGCAUCGAAGAAUACAGCCGCUUCGGUUCCCCCAUUGCCAGAAGUGGAUGCUGAAUGGCUCUUUUGGGAGAUGAUGCGGAUAUCACGAACACCAGACCCUUAUAUGUUUCCCGCGUUGAAGAAGCUCAAGGAGUCUGGGCAGUUUAUCAUGGGGGCAUUGUCCAAUACAGUCAUAUUCCCAGACGGACAUGAGUUUAAUUUGGACACGACUGGGGUGAAGUCGCAGUUUGACUUUUUCAUUUCAUCCGCGCACACCGGCCUCAGAAAACCAGAUGCGAAGAUAUACGAGGCUGCAUUGAAGGAAAUGAAUGCAUCAGCGAAGAAGAAGGGAAUAAAUGGUGCAUCCGCUUCUGACAUUGUUUUCUUCGACGAUAUUGGGGAAAACCUGAAGGGUGCAAAGAAGGCAGGAAUGAGAACGGUCAAGGUCACUCUUGGAAAGACACAGGAUGCAGUGAAAGAGCUAGAAAAGAUCACUGGUCUUCAAUUGCUGGAGGGAUCAGACAAGGCAAGGCUAUAGAUGUACUGCCUAGUACUACAGUACCAAGUAUGUACUGUUCUCCAAGGCAAUCAUUCAUUUGAUUUUGAGCCGACGUUAGAUUAUGAAAUAUCUUCCAAUGUUACUUAUAUCCUCCAACAGUAAAUGCAAAUAUAUUUCUUUCAGAAUCGGCGACAAUAAUCGUGGUUGUUCCCUGACCCAGACUUACUCUGGCUCGUGGCCGACCUCAGUUCUGAGUCGGGAUGCAGCCACGCUAAGCGAAAUCCCCCACAAAGUCGGCCCACGAAAUUUCUCUCCUCUUUUC